UUUUUUUUGAAACGUUAAAAAAUCAUACAUUUUGUUGGUGUAAAACAUAAGAAAAUCCUUGGAGAUUUAAAAAAUAAAGUGAAAAAUUAUAAAAUUUUUUUUAGUGUUACAAAAUAUUAAAUAAAAAACAAACAAAAUGAGCAACUUUGCUUGGGUAACUUUAACCACAAAUGAUACGUAUUCCUUGGGUGCCUUAGUGUUGGCUCACUCUUUAAGAAGAGCCGGUACAAAACACCAAUUGGCCGUUUUGGUUACACCCGGUGUUUCAGAAUCCAUGCGCGGCAAACUCAAAGAUGUCUACAAUCUAGUGCAAGAAGUCAAUAUUAUGGAUUCACAAGACUCGGCCAAUUUGGCUUUGUUGUCCAGACCCGAAUUGGGCAUAACUUUCACCAAAUUACACUGUUGGCGUUUAGUACAAUUUGAGAAAUGCGUUUUCUUGGAUUCGGAUACUUUGAUUUUACAAAAUUGUGAUGAACUUUUUGAACGUGAAGAAUUCUCAGCUGCUCCUGAUGUCAGCUGGCCAGAUUGUUUCAAUUCCGGUGUGUUUGUUUAUAAGCCCAGCCAAGAAACUUUCGAUAAAAUCGUGGAGUUUGGCUUGAAAAACGGCAGUUUCGAUGGCGGUGAUCAGGGUCUAUUGAAUCAAUAUUUCUCUGAUUGGGCCACCAGCGAUUUGAAGAAACGUUUGCCUUUCUUAUACAAUGUAACCGCAUAUGCUUCGUAUUGCUAUUUGCCCGCCUUUAAACAAUUCAGAGAUAAGAUUAAGAUUUUGCAUUUCGCUGGUAAAAUGAAACCCUGGUUGAUACACUUCAACUCACAAAACAAAACCCCCAGUGUACCCACCGAUUAUGCCCAUGCUGCUGAUUUAAUACAACUCUGGUGGAAUAUCUUCUUCGAUCAUGUUCAUCAAAACUUAACUGACAAUAUGAGAUAUUCAUUACCCAACAUAAUGGCAUGGAAAAGUAACUAUGACAACAUGCAACGGCAACAGCACUUUGAGCAACAACAUCAACAUGCCACAAAUUUGCAAUAUAAUUUACAAUACCAAGCUUAUCAAGAACUAUAUACUAAUAAACAAAUCGAAUUUCAUGAUCCUUGGGAAGAUUACUAUAGCAAACAGGAAACAAACGCGGAUAUAGCUAGUAAUGGAGGCGCCACACAAACUCAGCCAGAUGCUGCAAAUGGCAAUGAAAAUUAUUAUGAAGAAAAUAAAUGGGAAGUAGAUCAAGGUAAACAGGAUGAAAUGGAACAGUCACAGUCACAGCAUCAUCAUCAACACCAUCAUCAUGAAGAAGAUUUCAAUAGAGAUUUUCAACAAGAGACAGAAACACAUUUAGACUUUGAUAGGCAGCAUGAGGCUAAAGAGGAACAAAGUACAACAACUAGCAGGAGUAGUUGUGAAAUCGAUUUAGUAACAUCUCCAAAUAGUGAUGACAAAGAAAACGAUAACCGAAAGCAAGAAUUAACAAAAACAGAAACACAUCACUAUGAGAUGGAAUAUAAUAAUUCUAGUCAUAAUACAAUCGAUAAUACCACCAGAAGUAGUAGUAUUGAAAGCAAUAAAAUUCAAGAGCAAAAACAUAAAAACACUGGCUCCCUUGCUAAUGUGAAACAAACACGUGAACAAAAUGAUGAAAAAUUAGAAGAGGCUGGUUUGGCUGGUGCCUUGUCUCAUUUGCGUUUGGGUGAGCCACGCAGUCCCGAACAGGAUGAAUACGAACAAAUGAUGCGUCGCCAAUGCUGGGAAUCCGGUCAAGUUGACUAUGCUGGCCGUGAUGCAUUUGACAACAUCUGGAAAAAGAUCACACACACUCUAGAAACAAAACCAGAUAAGACGGGUAGCUCUUAAAAUCACAAACAAAAAAAUCUAAACACCACAUAAUAAAUCACUUUUCAUCAUUAUCAUAAACAUUAAAUACAAGCAAAACAUAAAUUUUCAUACAUUUUUUAAAUGUAGUGUCAUUUUAUAAAAAAAAACAAAACUAAAAAAAAAACUUUAUAAAAGCACUCCUUAAAAAAACAUUAGCAGACAAAACACACACUUUUUUUAUAAGAAAAAAAAGUAAAAAAAUACUUAUAUUUAUUGUAUUUAAUUUAAACAAAAUUUUUGACACAACUAAAAUUUUCAAAAAACUUUAGUUUAACCAAAAAUAUAUUGUUUAAAAUACCAUAAAUAUCAGCCAUAAGUUUUACAUAGAAUCUUGUUUAGCAUCUUUUAAGCAAUUAACAAUUUUUUAUAUAAUAAAAAAAACACUUAAAAUUUAUUAAAUAAAUCACAUUUUUAAAAAUUUUUUUUUUGAAAAAUCUUUACAUUUAUGUGUAUAAACCCCUCAUUUUGACUAGCAAGCAAUUUAUGCUUUCAGCUAACAAUUUCUUGAAGACACACAUGAAUAUAUCAUGUUUGGACACUUCUUGUCAGUGUUAUGUUCCUGUCCACACAAGACAAAUUCAUGUGUAAACACCAAAUUGUUACAUGAGUAAAUAAAUUGAGGGGAUAAUAAUAGUAUGUAUUUGUAUCUGUGUGUGUGUUUUGUAAAAAUCUGUCAUCCUUUCCACCACUCUCACUCCCUCUAUUUUCAUUAAAUUACAUUUAUUUUUCUAUAAUUUCAGUUUUAAUUUAUAAAAAACCCAUUAAACACCAGCAAAAAAUUGUUAUUUUAAAACUUUUUUUAUUUAAAUUGAAUAAUAAAAUUUUCAAAUCUUUUAAAGCA